AUGCCUAUCCUCGGACUCUCUACCAAGGGGCCUUCGGCCCCAGCUCACUUCAACCUCGAAUCUCUGAUCCGGCCCAACAUCCUCGCUCUCCAGCCCUACCGCUGCGCCCGCGACGACUACUCGUCGGGCAUGCUUCUCGAUGCCAACGAGAACGCCAUCGGCGCCGCCCUUCCCGCAAACUUCGUGCCCGGCCUAGAGGCCGAAGACGUUUCGGCGCUCAACCGCUACCCCUCGCCAACUCACGAUGAGCUCAAGCGCCGUAUCGCCAAACUCAGGAACGUGCCCGACGAGAAGUGGGUCUUCCUCGGUGUCGGGUCAGACGAGGUCAUCGACAUGCUCUACCGCUGUCUCUGUGUUCCCGCCAAGGACAAUAUCCUCACCACGCCCCCAACGUAUGGAAUGUACGGCGUGUGUGCGCAGAUCAACGACGUGGGCAUCGUAAAGGUCCCUCUGGUCACCAAGAACGGCGCGUACCAGCUCGACGAGGCCGCCAUGGACGCUGCAUUUGUCGCCAACCCCGACCUCAAGAUGGUGUUUAUCUGCAGUCCCGGUAACCCUACCGGAACGCUUAUUCCGCUCGAUGUGAUUCGUCGCGUGGCCGAGAACACAAAGUUCAAGGGCCUCGUCGUUGUCGAUGAGGCGUAUGUCGACUUUGCGCCCGAGGGCACGUCGGCGUGUUCCCUCGUCACGCAGUACGCCAACGUCUGUGUGAUGCAGACCCUCUCCAAGUCUUUUGGACUGGCCUCUAUCCGCCUCGGUUUCCUCGUCGGAUCGCCAGAACUGGUCCAGAUCCUCACAAACGCAAAGGCACCCUACAACGUUUCUCUGCCUACCGCCGCGAUCGGUUUGCAGGCCUUUAGCGAAGAGGGACUGGCUAUUAUGGCUGCCAACGUGCGCGUUCUCAAUGCCAACCGCGACGCUCUUAUUGCCGAGAUUACCCAGAUUCCCAACAUUGGGCGCGUGCUCGGCGGUAAUCACGCCAACUUUAUCGUUGUCGAGAUCCUCAAGGACGGCAAGCCCGACACGCCUCGCGCAAAGGCCGUGUAUACCGAGAUGGCCGAGAACCGCGGCGUCGUCGUCCGUUUCCGCGGUUCCGAGAUUGGGUGCGAGGGAUGUCUCCGCAUCACGGUUGGUACCGAGGACGAGAACAAGACUUUGCUUGCGCGUCUGCGCGAGCUGCUCGUUUAG